ACAGAAGCGUCCUCGCCGGGUCUCAGCUAUUUGAGGGAGCUGCCUGCCUGAAAUGAAACUUCGUUGUGUACCCACUAAAACUGCCUUCACAGCUAUCAACAAACAUGGGUUCCAUUCAGAUCAGUUCUCUGGGAUUCAGACUAACAGUUGAUCAGUGUUUCCCCCACCACCAGGCACUUCCCAACAUCGAACUAAAUGGUGAAGAGUUCAUGUCAAAAUUGCUUGACAGAAAGUGGACAUUGCUCCGUCCUGAUACUGAAGUUCAUCAAAUUACGGUUUCUUCGACACAAGGGCAAAACAGAGGGGGGUCAUUUAGUAAUGUUUCUUUCUUAAACAAUAAGCAGCCUUACCUUGGCAACAAGAUGUUUGAGGACAAUCAAGGCUUGUCAUUCUAUAUCGUGAGGGAUGAUUUAUUGCAUCCCUUUAUCAAUGGGAAUAAAGCAAGAAAACUGGAUGGACUGCUUCCUCUAAUUGAAGAUCAUGGUGUGACUGAUGUGGUUACAUGUGGUGGUUGUCAAAGUGCACAUGCAGCAGCUGUUGCUGUUUCUUGUGCAGAGAGAGGACUGAAGUCACACUUGCUUCUACGAGGAGAGAAGCCAGAAAUUCUGACUGGCUAUAAUUUGAUUUCAACAAUAUAUGGAAAUGUAACAUAUGUUCCGAGAUCUUUUUAUGCCCAUAGGGAAAAAAUGCUACAGACACAUGCUAGUAUAGUUGCAGGCAAUAGUGGCAAUGUUGUAUAUUGCAAUGAUAUUAUUGAUGCAUCUAUGACGACCCAGACAUUUGAGUGUUCAAAUUUUGUGCAAAUGGAUGCUCCUAGAGGCACCAAGAGCCACUCAAAUAAGGUUGUUAUAGUCAAUGAAGGUGCAGGAGAUGCCAUUGCAUUGCUAGGUCUGCUUCGUCUGGUCGACUACUUAUCCCAGGACCAUUUACUUGGAAGAAAGAGGGCUUUCAACUUUGUUGUGGAUUCCGGUACUGGGACAACUGCUGUUGGUUUAGGUCUUGGUGCCCUGUGUCUAGGGCUUCCAUGGAAGAUUACUGCAGUAAUGUUGGCUGACAAAAUUGAUGCAUACAGAAAGCAAGAGAGACGCUUAAUUUCUGAAUGCAAGAGGCAAUUUUGUUUUCCUCUUGAUAGUCACGAACUAAAUGGAUCACAUGAUGGAAUUGUACACUGGGUGGACCGUUGCCAUCCGAGAAAAUUUGGCAACAUUUUGGAAGGGGAAAUAGACGCUUGCCAGCAAAUUGCACAGCAAACUGGUAUUCUAGUGGAUCCUGUCUAUACUUUAGCUGCUUGGGAAAUGGCAACACAAAUUACCAGUGCACAUGAAGAUGCCAAUGUGGUGAUGCUUCACACUGGUGGUACACUUGGCAUGUUUGGAUUAGCACAGAGGUACAAAUCAUACUUUGGUAUGUUAAACAAUACGAUAAAGAGUUAAUUUUGUGUCUGAUUAACUCCAGCUCUAUUUUGUCCACAAGAGCUUCAUGUUAAUCUUGGUGUGGAUGCAGAGUAAGAGAAACAGGUUAAGAGGGAAAAGGAAAGGUUCCUAUUAUGGGAGGUUUAACCUAAUUUUAGCGUAUUCGUCUUGUUUACACUAUGGUAUAUUUUGAGUUGGAAAGUAAGUGUAUAAAAUUGGUAUCUUUCUAAUUUUAGAAUGCUGAGGAUGUUAGAUAUGUCCUUCCAUAAUUAGUAUGUCGAAUGGUAAGCAGUUACUAUAUCUAUUAGUUUUGUUUUUACAUCUAUGCUUAAGAGUUAAGGUAGCAAAGCCCUCUGCUGAAAUGAUCAAAUGCCGAAGCUUUUGAAAGACUUCUGCUGAAGGCGACGGCGGUAGACAGUCUGGUGUUCAAAUUGGAAUCAUAGCUGUGUGUGUAGUUUCAGAAAACUGACAUAUGUAGUAUGGCGUGGGUGACCAUUAACUUUGCACAUGAUCAUCUUAAAUUUUGUGUUUGAAUGACAGGAGUUUAAUGCUGUGGGAGCCUCAAAAUUGUAGAGUGAAAACUUCAUUUUCUUUCAUACUCUAGUUGAAGCUUUGAAUUCACUGAAGCAGGAACCUGCUUACCACUCUCAUCUCAUCCAUGCUGCAUUAACUAGUUUUAUUUUUUAUGAAAGGGUGGAUUUGUCAUGGUUCAGUUCCGAUCAAAAUGGCCAUAGCUUUUCAUGAAAAUAGCCUGCAGUGGAAGCAUAUGUUAGGAAAGUAAGCUAAGGGAUUAUUGGAGAGCCCAUAUGUUGAAAUUUCUGAUAGGAAAGGACAUAAAGCUAUUCCCUUUUUCAUUAAUAAGCAACAUUCUUUCUAUCCCCAGGCCACCACCACCACCCUCACUCUCACUGCAUCUGAAAUUUCUGGUAACGGAGGUUGAUAUGAAAAAAAAUUUUGUUUUAGGCAACGAAAUAUUGGAGAGUGGAGGAAUGAGGGAAAUCCAAUUAGGCCAGAUUCCAUUAAAUCGAAAUACGAGUUUCUGAAUCCAUAUUUCGUCCAUAUUCUCACUCAUUGUGCUUAAAUGUGGUCAUAAACUUUUUAUUUCGCAAUCUGCUCUCUGUGUUCGAGACCGUAAACUUGGGAAGAAGA